CUAAUGUGUAUAUGGAAGCUGCAGGAGUGAAUGGGAACGGCGAAGGGAGGGGGUACUCGGUGUAUUUGAAGACAACUAGUAACCACCUAGAGACGCCAAGGUUCAUCUUCCCAAGCCCUUUAAGGUGUUUUGUACGCAACGUAGGUACAGUACGGUACCUACCUAACUACAUCACAGUCUGCCGUGGGGAUUAGCCCAGGUCGGCAACCAGCAAUGGGGGAUGGGGCAAGGAUCGAGGUAGCAUCUACCAUCUUUUUGGCCUGCUUGGCUACCUUCCAGUAUGUAGGUAGUGCAUGUCGCAUCUUAUUUGUUCCAGCGCAGGAUUUGGCCGAUCUUCCAACUCCUUCCUACAAGGCGCAAGCCACUAAAAGCCAAGCCAGCAUGGGAGGCACGGAUGGCCAUGGGCAUGAAGCAUGGGAAGCGGUGGAAAGAAAAAUCGUGUCCAUGUGUUACUCUGUUCACUAACUACACACGGGUAUCCACUAACAAUUUAUCCUACGG